AUGCUUGCUAUCAGCAGAGUACUGGCGAUGCUGUCGAUGACGGGACACGAAGCACAGCUAUUACCCCCACCUCCACGGGCACAGUUUGGCGUCUACAUCUACCUGAAUAGGUGUAUCAUCAGUAUGGCUCUAGAAACAUCAUAUUGUCCGAACAAUAACAGUCUGUCUGAUGUAUGGAAGCAGAAAGGCAUCACUCACUGUUUCUUUGAUACAUUAUUUGCAUCUCUGUUGCUGGGGUUUGUCUUGAUAGCAGGAGGAAUUCAGUUGAUUGUCAAUAGGAAGUAUUUCAUUGUCCCCAACACAGAGUGCAUACCUAGACCUUGGCUGUACAUCUUACAAAUACUGCUGAUCAUUACAAUCGCUGUGCAGUAUUUGCUGCGAAUUGUACUCUUGCAAACUGUUAUCAAGGAUCCUAUUUAUCUGUUCAUGAUUGUUACUACAGUAUUCUACAUAGUGGCUUGGCUAUUUACGCUGGUGAUCCUACGAAUGGAACGUAGACGUCCGUUGGUCGAUUCUAGGGCAUCUGGACAUGGCAUUGUGUUGUUACUAUUUUGGGUAUUGGCAUUUAUCGGUGACUGUUUAGCUUUCGUAUCCUGGUCCAGUCCAUUAUGGUGGUGGGAUUUGUCCAGUCCUUUACAUAAGAUGCAGUUCAGUAUGUGGGUGGUUAGAUUUGUGUGUACCGUAGGAGUGUUUGUACUGGGUAUCAAAGCACCUGGAUUGCCCAAACGAAGCUAUCUGCUGCUGGUGAAUGAAGAGAGAGGUCCUGACCAGGAUAAACCCUUACUAGAAGACCAUGAAGGGCCUAAGAGACAAGUAGAAUUUCAAUCAGUGGUGGAACAAGAAGGAACAGCAUGGAAAGGCUUUGCUAAUAAGACUAGAUUGAUGUGGCCAUUUUUAUGGCCUAAAGGACAUCCAAUGCUACAAUUGUUUGUUAUACUGUGCUUUCUAAUACUAGCUGCUAAUAGAGGAAUAAACGUAUUGGUGCCAAUCUAUUACAAGGAAAUCGUUGAUCAGCUUACAUACAAUCCUAUCACAUAUCCCUGGCAGGAUAUUCUUAUCUAUGUUUUCCUUAAAUUCUUACAAGGAGGCCUAGGCGUAGGGAGUAUAGGAUUAUUGAACAAUGUGAGAACUUUUUUAUGGAUCAAAGUACAACAGUACACAGCUAGAACAGUUCAAAUCAAAUUAUUCUCACAUUUACAUGGGUUAUCAUUGAGGUGGCAUCUUGGCAGAAAAACUGGUGAAGUAUUGAGACUAAUGGACAGAGGAACGCAAAGCAUUAAUAAUUUAUUAAGUUAUGUUUUAUUCAACAUUGUUCCAACGAUAGUGGAUAUCAUUAUAGCUAUCAUUUAUUUUGGUAGUGCAUUCAAUAUGUACUUUGCUCUCAUUGUAUUCGUGGCUAUGUUCCUUUACCUUGGUAUCACAAUCUAUAUCACUGAGUGGCGUACUAAAUUUCGCAGAAAGAUGAACGUCUUGGACAAUGCAGCAAAACAGAAAGCAGUUGAUUCCCUUCUCAAUUUUGAAACUGUGAAAUAUUAUGGUGCUGAACAGUACGAGGUAAACCAAUUGAAUGAUGCUGUUCUUAGUUAUCAGACUGUUGAAUGGGAAUCGCAGGCAUCUCUGAAUGUACUAAACACCGCUCAGAAUGUGAUAAUAACAUUGGGAUUGUUGGCUGGUUGUUUACUGUGUGCUCAAUAUGUAGUAGAUCCUGAUACAAGAUUUACUGUUGGGGAUUAUGUUUUAUUUUCAACCUAUGUUAUUCAGUUGUAUGGGCCAUUAAAUUUCUUUGGUACAUAUUACAGGAUGAUACAACAAACAUAUGUUGAUAUGGAGAAUAUGUUUGACUUAUUAGAUGUUGAACGAGAGAUUAAAGACAUUCCCAAUGCAGUGGAUUUGGAAGCUAAGGAAGGCUUGGUGGAGUUUGACCAUGUUUGUUUCCAUUAUACAGAAGAAAAACCCAUUCUUGAUAAUGUGACGUUCACCGUGAAACCUGGUAACACUCUGGCAUUGGUAGGACACUCAGGUGCUGGUAAAAGUACAAUAGUUCGACUUUUAUUUCGUUUCUAUGACAUCCAGGGUGGUUGUAUUCGAAUAGAUGGCAAAGACAUUUCUGAGGUUACACAAACAAGUCUAAGAAAAACGAUUGGUGUGGUACCCCAGGAUACUGUACUUUUCAAUACAGAUAUCAGAACUAAUAUUCGAUUUGGUCGUGUUGAUGCUGAUGAUAUAGAAGUUGAGAAUGCUGCCCAGGCGGCUGACAUCCAUCAACGAAUCAUCCAGUUCCCUGACGGGUAUGAUACUGUGGUUGGCGAACGUGGAUUGAAACUCAGUGGAGGAGAGAAACAACGUGUGGCUAUUGCACGAACUAUACUCAAAACACCACAGAUUGUACUUUUAGAUGAGGCUACCUCAGCAUUAGACACACAGACAGAACGCAAUAUACAGCAGUCCCUGUCUAAAGUAUGCUCCAACCGAACCACCAUAAUCGUAGCCCAUCGACUGUCAACUAUCAUACAUGCAGAUGAAAUAUUAGUUGUUGAUGAAGGAAAGAUCAUAGAACGGGGAAGACAUGAAGAGUUACUCGCAGCGGAGGGACGAUAUGCUGACAUGUGGAUGCAACAAUUACAGAAAGCUGAAGAGGAAGAAGAUGGUUCACCUAUAGAAAAACUUAAGAAAUAA